AUGAAGCUUGCAAUCCUCCGCCUCCUCGCCGUUGCGGCGCCUCUACUGCCACACAGCACCUGCAUGUUGACACCGGAUGACAUACCGGACAAAUGGAAGUCUUCGGUCUCGCAGGUCAAGUUCAAUGUCACCGGUUGGGCGACUUCACCGACGAUGAUGCCAACCUACAACCCUGGCUGCUCUCGCCACGAACACCCAGAUGGCGACUAUAGCGGGUGCGACGAAGGCGCCAGCAACCGGUUCCACCAGUUCUCCCUGCUUGACCCCAUCGGCUUCGGAAAUAUGACUAUGGCCUCGGCCACCGGCUUCGGGUUCUUCGUUGGCUACGAUGGUUGGAAAAACGUAGGCAGCAAGGUGCCGGACUGGCCCCUCUUGCUCCACGAAACAGGACACACUUUUGGCUUCCCGGACUACCUGGACGACGGCUCUCGGAACCACACCGUGUGCUCUAACCUCUGGCUCCCGCCCAACGCCCCAGCCGAAUUCGUGAUGAAGCCAGGCGACUAUGGCGCCCAUGUCCAUCACAUCACGGAGAUUGAAAGUUGGAUGAUUCGCUAUUGGUGGUCCAGGUUCUCGAGGACUCGGGGCUGGCAGCACGAUGACACGACUUACGGCCCUCCACCAAACUGUGCUUCGGACGAGUAG